AUGUCCUCACAGUCGGCUCUAUCGCUCUACAGGCAGAUUUUACGCUCAGCGCAGCCUCUUCCGUACAAUUUUCGGAUGUACACAAAGCGUCGCGCUGGAGACGCCUUUCGCGAGGCGAGGCAGUUGCAAGAUGCUACUCAGAUUGCUACAGCCAAAGACCAUGCUUUAGAACAAUUGAAGAUGGUCAGGAGACAAGCGACGAUGCAUGCAAUGUUUCACACUGACCCGCUUGUCGUUGAG